AUGGUCACCGGUGGCGGUGGCGAAACCGACCUACACUCCGUCGUCUUGGAGCAAUCGGGAGAGUCCGGCAAGUCGUUCGAGUACUCCCACUCCGUCAAAGCGACGACGUAUAGUUCCUCCGUACCGGAACAGCAAAUCACAGCUUAUCUCUCGCGAAUCCAACGCGUCGGCUGCUUAAUCGCCGUCGACGAUUCCACCUUCGCCAUCAUCGGCUACAGAGAAAAUGCGCGGGAAACGCUAGGGCUAAUAUCUCCAUCCGUUCCAAGCAUCGACGACGACAAGGCAGAGACUCUCACGAUCGACACGGACCUCCGAUGCCGCUUCAGGCCAUCAAGCAUCGUCCUCCUCGAACGAGCCUUCGUGGCGCAGCGUGAAAUCACGCUCCUGAUUCCUCUAUGGAUCCACUCCAAGAACACUCGCAAGCCUUUCUUUCAAACCGAAGACCCGGCGCUCUCAAUGGCUGGAGCAGUCCAAUCUCGGAAGCUCGCUUGUCUUAUGACUCUGGGGACGAAGGAAAGAAUGGAAUGUAGAGGUCAAGCUGAAAACUUUUGGUCCCGAGGGAAAGCCGUGUUUGUCGUCAUGCUCAAGCAAGGACUAUUUUAA